UAUCCACAACACAUUCAUUCACAUAAGGGAGAGCUACUUCCAGAGUCAAGUCAGAGAGCACCCGUGCGUUUGCCAGAGGAACAUCACUUCUUCUUCCUCUUCAUCUCUUUGUAGAUAUUUGCUUUUUGGGGAAAGGUUUUAUACUAAGUUAGAGGACACAAUGAUCUUUUUGAUUUUGGGGAUGAUUCUCACUUUCAGUCAGAUUGGGAGGAAUCCUGCCAGUGCCGGGAUGUGCUGGCUGCAGCAGAGUCAAGAACAAAGGUGCGACAUGGUGCUGAUGAGAGGGGUGACCAGAGAAGAGUGCUGUGCCGGCGGCCGCCUGGACACGGCGUGGUCCAACACCAGCCUGCCCAUGAAUGAGGUCAGCCUGCUCGGCUUCCUGGGCAUUGUCUCCUGCAAGCCGUGCAAAGAAACAUGCGAGGGAGUCAAAUGCAGCGCCGGCAAGGUUUGCAAGAUGAAGACCGGAAGGCCUCAGUGUGUGUGCUCCCCGGACUGCUCUCACAUUACCCGGAAGCAUGCUGUGUGCGGCAGCGACGGGAAGUCGUACAAGGAUGAGUGCGAUCUGCUGAUGGCCCGCUGCAUGGGACACCCGGACCUGGAGGUCAUGUACCAAGGCGACUGCAAAAAGUCAUGCUCCAACGUGGUGUGUCCGGGAACUCACACCUGCGUGACCGACCAGACCAACAGCGCCCACUGCGUCAUGUGCCGCACCACGCCCUGCCCGAUACCCAUGCCGUCCGAGCAGGCGAUCUGCGGCAACGACAACAUCACCUACCCGAGCGCCUGCCACCUCCGCAGGGCCACGUGCUUCCUCGGCCGCUCCAUAGGAGUCCGCCACUACGGCAACUGCAGCAGUCCACCCCGGAAAGCCCACAUUUUCGAUGGCAGCGAGGAAAACGCAGUCUAGACGCACGAACAUGACAAGCUUCACGCCACUAGUUUCCCAUGAUGACCUCUCUCGUUUGACAAUCACUCACCCUCGUACACAAAAUUUGACGUUGGAAGACGCACAUUAGCCUAACUGCCUCAAAAAUUCAAAAGAAAAAAAUCUAUUUGUGUCCGUUUGUUAGGGUAAUAGAUGUUUGGGUAACGGAGGCAGACGAAUGCAGAUGGAGACACAGAUAUAUCUGUCGAGCUCUUUGGGAGAUGUGUGCAUAUUGUAAAUAGAAUAGCAGUACUAUUUAUUGGAGAAGGUAUCAAACUCUAUUUAUGGUUUUAUUCCAGUAACACAAUCAUUUAUCCUUCGGAAAGCUGAUGAAAAAAAAAACAAAAAAACAAGAAAAAAAAGCUGUAUUUAUUGUUUUUGUUUAUUGUACAAUAGUGGUCACUGGCAUUUGCAUUUUACAACUUUCUAGUCUCCACUCCCCACAAGCAAACUGUUUUCCCUCAAGCUGAUGGAAAGCAGUGCUAAUUUGUUUGGAAAGCUGAUACCACAUUAUAGCCAGCCAAUGUGGUUUCAAUUCGCCACAAACAUGACAACUACAGCUCUACUGUAUGUAUUUUAGCCUGAGCUCGGAUGGUGAAGCAAGCGGUUUCAGCCUAAACAAACCUGUAUAGUCUCGCUUCCUCUCCCUCCUCACCCCCUCCCACACUUGUUUACUCUGGGUCCCGGUCCAAGCUCUUGGCCACCCGCUGAUCACGAAAAUUUAAAGUUUUGUUGUGUUUUUAGGAGUCUCAGAAGACUGUUGGUAAAACCCCAAGCCCUGGACAAUACCUCCUUUGUUGAAUGCUUGGCUUUGUUUUGUAAAUGCAUUUUUGCAGGUCAUGCUAGUUUGCUCUGAUGCUGUUUUGCUGCUUUGAUUUGAUUGGAUUUUGUUUUUUUUAAAGAGCUCGCCUGGACAGACAAAUGUAAUUAGCACCGCCUGACUAAAAGGAAAAUUAAAUUUGUCUGGGAAUGGACCGCGAUCUGGGCCAACUUAACAUACCUGAUUAUAGUGCCAUCGGAACUGAGUCAAUCUGCUGUUGACACUGAGAGAAAAUGGUCAAGUGAUCCAAAUAAAUCAAAACUCAAGGUGCACGUCUGGAUAAUUUAAAUAGUCCUAAGUGUGUACUGGAACAUUUCAGUGAUUCCUCUGUAAAUAGCAGUCUGAUGUGUACCUAGCUGUGUACCUAACUGUGAAAUUUGAAUGAUAAAUGUACCAACAUAUUUUUGUAUUUUUGUACUGCCAUUUAAAAACAUUAUAAAGUUUAAUAUUUGUCA